CUUUUAAAUAAAGUUUUCUACCAGUGAAACAUGGCUGCCACACAAGUUGGAUGUGAGCACUACGUUCGCAGCUGUUUGUUAAAAGCGCCCUGCUGUGGGAAGUUUUAUGUCUGCAGACUCUGUCAUGAUGGUGAAGAGGACCAUCAGAUGGAUCGAUUCAAGGUCCGAGAGGUCAAAUGUGCAGCAUGCAACACUAUACAAGAGUCUCAACAGAUAUGUAAAGAGUGUGAAGUGAAGUUUGGGGAGUAUUACUGUGGCGUUUGCCAUCUCUUUGAUAAAGACAAGAAGCAGUACCACUGCCAGCCCUGCGGGAUAUGCAGAAUUGGCCCAAGAGAGAAAUACUUCCAUUGUACAAAGUGCAAUCUGUGUUUAGUGACUGAUCUUAAAGACAAUCACAAGUGUGUUGAGAAUGUCUCUAGGCAGAACUGCCCUGUAUGUAUGGAGGACAUCCACACGUCCAGAAUAGGGGCUCAUGUGCUCCCCUGCGGUCAUCUGCUACACAAAACAUGCUUCGAGGACAUGUUCAGAACUGGAGCUUACCGCUGUCCUCUGUGUAUGCAUUCGGCCUUCAACAUGAAGGAGUUCUGGGAAGAGAGAGACAAGGAGAUUGCCCAGACUCCCAUGCCCACAGAGUACCAGGACACUACAGUCAAAAUCAUAUGUAAUGACUGCCAGGCUCGCUGCACUGUCUCCUUCCACGUGUUGGGCAUGAAGUGCAGCUCCUGUGGCUCUUACAACACUGCGCAGGACGGCGGGCUGAUCACGGCCCCUCCUGUAGACACACAACAGUCUGCAGAACAGACACUUGAAGAAGAGCCCAACACAGAGCACCACGAGUGACGUUUAUGAAACUUUUAUAGAACUGAUAUAUAGAAUACAAGCUGUCCUCCCUUACUGCUCCUCUCUCAAGUCUGUAGAACUGCUCUUAUUUUUCUUGCUUUAUUAAAAAGGAUAAGAACACACUUGAGGGCUCUUUAAUUGCAUUUUGUCAUAAAGAAUGUUAAAGGUAAUUCUGUGCUAAGAGGAUAAACUUAUCUGCUUUUGUUGAUCAAAUCCUCAAUAUCUGUCAAGAACAUGUUUGGUUGGAAAAGUGUUGUUAAUAUAAUGCAUCAACAUGGUCUCUGAUAUUCAUUCAGGGACAGUGGAUAUCAUUUACAAACAGUUUUAAGUUUAAGAAUUAUUUAAUGCUAUUUAUUGAUUAAUCCUGGACAACAAACAAAUGUAUUACAGAAAUAAAAUGAUCACAUUGCUUCAUUCUUA